AUGAAUGACGGCAACAAUUUGUCGGUCGGGGAAGCAUCGUCGCCGGCGCGAAAGGAGGAUGAAACGAAGGCCGUGGUGGAGGAGGAGUCAGAGAGCCCCUCGCUCUCGUUGGAUCAGAACGGGUCAGACGGCGAUAGGGGUAUGAAGCAGAAAUGGCAGGUGAAGGACGAGACCGAAUUGAACGAUCGCGAGCGGCACACAGCGGCGACGGCUCGCGGGACGGCGGCGCUGAAGACCAGUGGCGUGGCGGUAGCGGCGGCGGCAGAUCAGGUGCCGGCGGCGAAGCGCGAGUCGUACAUGGCCAUGAUGGCGGACCUCGUGACGCAGGUCGCCGCUGUGCUGCCGGACGCCACGCGGCGCGACAACGCACAGCUCGUCAAGCACGUGCGCGCUGCGCUAGAGCGCGCGGAGCCGCUGGUGGAGGCAUGGAAAAGCGCGCGGGCGUGGGGCGGCGAGGAGAAGGCGAUCGGGGUGAUCAAACUGCUGGAAUCCCUGAGGGCGCGCGCUCAGGAGUGGCGUAGCACGCUGACGCUGAUCGAACGGCUGAGAGGCGAGGUGGAUAAGAUGAAGACGAAGCUAAAAGCCGUGAGCAAGGAGCGCAACAAGCUGGACCUCGCUGCCGCCAAGGCGCUCCCUAAAGCGCUGCACUGCCUCAACCUCAGACUCGCCGUGGCGUAUGGCAGCAACGAGCACAUCAAGGAGGUCACAAGGGCGCGAGAGAGCAAGCAGGCGAGGAGGUUCGAGGACCCGUCGCUGUACCACUAUGCACUCUUCUCGGAUAACGUGCUCGCCGUGUCGGUCGUCGUCAACUCCACUAUGCAAAACGCCAAAAACCCAGAAAAGCAUGUGUUCCACGUGGUGACAGACGAGAUGAAUCUGCCAGCCAUGCGAGCGUGGUUCGCGCUGCACCCGCCAGGCAAGAUGGCUCUGGAGAUCAAGGCCGUGGAGCACUACUCGUUCCUCAACGCCUCCUACUGCCCCGUGCUGCAGCAACUGCAGGCAACAAGCCUCAAGGCCUUCUACUUCUCGCAGCAGGCAGCUGAAGACAAGAAGCACGUUUCUGGAGGGGCGUCCGCGGAGGCAACAGCAGGCCCAACGCAGCUAAAGUUCAAGAACCCCAAGUACCUCUCCAUGCUCAACCACCUGCGCUUCUACCUGCCCGAGAUGUACCCAACACUCAACCGAGUGGUGUUCCUGGACGACGAUAUCGUGGUGCAGAGGGACCUUGCGCCGCUCUUCACACUGCCCCUGCACGGCAACGUGAACAGCGCUGUGUUCACGUGUGUGGGCGACUUCCACCGCCUCUUCAAGUACCUCAACUUUUCACACCCCUACAUCAAGGAACACUUCGACCCCAACGCCUGUGGCUGGGCGUACGGCAUGAACGUGUUUGACCUGCAGGCCUGGCGGCUCCACAACCUCACUGCUGUCUACCACAAGUACCAGACCAUGAAUGCGGACCGGUCGCUGUGGCAGCUGGGGACGCUGCCCCCGGGGCUCAUGACGUUCUACAACCGCACGCAGGCGCUGGACGCGCACUGGCAUGUGCUGGGCCUGGGGUACAACAAGGACGUGCCCUUAGAGGACGUGCAGAAGGCCGCUGUUGUGCACUACAAUGGCAACUGGGUGAGAUGGGCUCUUAAUCUCGUGCCAUGA